UAAUUUGGUAUAAGUAAACUUAUUCAAUUAUAUAAGAUGAACAAACAUUUACGGAAAGAAAUUGUGAAAAUACGAAAGAGUGAGGGAGUGUAAUCGAAAAAGUAGAGGAAAUCCAAGUCAUUCUAUGACUAUUAGCUAACUUCAGUAUGCUCGAAAUUAGGUGUGAGAAAUUAUGAUUUAUUCUUUUUCAGAAACAAAUGAUGAGUCAUCUGCUUUCGUUGUCUUGUGAUAAUGUUUAUGGUAAACAAAAUCAUGAAUUCACUGUAGUAUGCAUCUCCAUUCGAUAAGCCGAAUAAAUUGCAUAAAGGUUUUUUCCGAUUAAUUGGCCUUCAUAUAUAACCCCACAAAUAAUUAUGAACUUACAAACGCUUUUUCAAGACUUCAAUCCAAGUAAAUUUCUGGUCCACUCUUGUUUAAUGAUAUUUACAUCUCUAUUCGCUCUUCGAUUGGAUGGUUUCAUAGAAUGGAGUUAUUGGUCGAUAUUUAGUCCGAUAUGGUUUUGGAAAGGUAUGGUAAUCUUAGGAGCUAUAAUUGGAAGUUACGUUUGGUGGAGACAUCCGCACGCCAGAUUGGAAGGAGAUGCUUAUGUACAUUACAAAGCAAUGUUGAUUACUCUGGCAUUACAUUUGAUUCUAUUAAUGUUCGAAUUAUUAGUAUGUGAUAAACUAGAAUCCGAAAGACAUUUAUGGAUACUCGUGUUUAUACCUUUAAUAUUUAUCUCCAUAGUAUCAAUUGCAGUUUGCAUAUGGGCUGUAAAACAUGAUCGAUCUUUUGAACUCGAGUUAUUUUGUGCAGUCAAUGUAUUGCAAUUUAUUUUUUUGGCAUUGAGAUUAGAUGGUUUUAUAACAUGGAGUUGGGAAGUUGUAUUUGUGCCACUAUGGGCACUUCUUUGCUUAUCCUUAGUAGCUGUCUUAUACGUGAUAGUAUUUGCUGCUGUUUUAUUGAGAACACCACAGAUCAAUGCUCGCCAGAGGCGGACCUCUUUAAAUUCAGCAUUAGCAUAUACAUUUCUCGUUGUUCCCAUUUUAAUAUUCCAGGUGUUACUAGCAAAUAAAUUGGAUGGAGAUAUCAAAAUAAAUUAUACAACAGUGGCAAUGCCAUUACUCGUAUCACAUGUCACUCUUAUUUUUAUGUCCUUUGGGGCAAAAGGUGGAAAUAAAUGGUGGUUUGGUAUCAGAAAAGAUUUUUGUCACUUCCUGUUAGGUUUGUGCCCAUUACUUCAAGAAUAUGGUAAUAUUUCAUACCAACCAAGGGAUGAACAAGAUCAACCACCAUGUGAACCAAUGAUUACGGAAAAGAAUGAGAAACUUGUCAAAAAAAUCGACCUAAUGAAACCUGUCGUGCCUAUAAUCUCCAUAGAUAUGCCUGACUGAUUGGCUGGAAGCAGGAUUAGUUUGGAAAUUAAACGUGUUAUUUUUAAUGCAUUUGGCGUAUACAGAGGCCAAAUAUCUGAUCUAAAAUAGGCCUUAUUAAGCAAAAAGCUAUUGAAUUCAGUGGACAUAUGUGUCGGCUGGAAUACAAGACUGAGUACCUCGCAUCUAUAGAAUAAUAAAUCAUUAGGACAAAAACUGAAGAAAGAAAAUAUGAAAAAUCAUAGGAUGACUCUAGACGAACUAUGUUACGCUGUUAAUGUUGUUAUUAUAAUAUUAAAUGCCUAAUCAUUUAUUACCUUAUAAUGUAGAAAAAUAAUGUAUACAGAUUGUUAUAUCACAAUAACAUUAUAACAUACGAUACUAUAAA